GAAUCAAAGAACGUAAAGCAGCGUCAUGUCGCAAAAACCACAAGACGGAGUUUCUUUGCGAAAAAUCUCUUUUUUAUUCUUUAUUUUCACGUAUAUAAACUUAGAGUAUCCAUAGUGACAAUAAAACACUAAUACAAUCGUCGCAGGCUAUUUAAUGAUAAAUUUGCUGUAAUAAUUGAUAAAAUUAGGUUAGAAACGAUAGAAGAGAAAUGGCACGAUGGACACUUUUCUAUCGUUCUCACGAUAUGUAUCGUCAUAUUGCCCAGCACUAGCGUGCAAGACAAAUACAACCACAAAAGGUUCAUGCACCAAGUUUAUAACAGCAUACAGUAAAAAAUAUUGUUGUGCAUGUAUGAUAUGUUAAACGAUUUCAUGAAAGGUUAGAAAAAUGGCACAACAGUGCACAGCUUGUAUGACACUACUGUAAAUCUGCAAAACUCAAUAUAAUGAUCGUGAUUUACUGAAUUAGUUUAAAUUUUCUUCUGUUUCUGUCAAAAAAUCGAACACUAAAAAUUUAUUGUGCAUUGCAUUACAAGAAAUUGCUCUGUCUUGUAAUCAAAUUUGAAUGUAAUUCUAAUUUUAGAUAACAGAAUGCAAUUCAGUGAACUGAACUUUGUAUGUAGGCACAAGAUAUUUAGUUUAAGGGUAAGAGGGUUUUAAGGGUUUAGUUUUACUCUGUAGUAGCCAAUGUCAGAAUAUUUUUUAAAAUGUCAUUUAUUGUUACUAGUUUCCUUUCUAAUUAAUUUUUAAGUAAUUUUUUGCCUUGCAUGACAUUUUCUUUUGACCAAGGUAAUGUAGUGUCAGAAUCAUUAGCAGACACAGACUGAAUAACCUCCCAACAGGACAAACCUGAAUGUGUGAUUCUAAUGUGCUGUUUAUUUUUUUCCGUUUGUUGUUUUGCAGUUUCAGCCAGGUUGGCAUCCCAGAGUCUGACUUGUGAUCACCGAUUGUGCUUUAAUGUUAGUGCCUGACCGACACUCUCUAUAAAAUAAUGGAUGACACUGACGAGGCGAUGGUCACGCCGUCAGGCAGCUCUUCCAUUGGGGAAGCAGUGUCUGGCAGAGCAAUGACCCAUUCGCCUGAGCCAAAUGAAGAUGACAUCUACUACAUCCCUGAGAGAAGACCUUCUCUUGACCUGGGCCCAGAUCCAAUGGAUACUACCAACUGGCAUUAUGUGGACCAGGCCUUGUCUCCAGCUCAGAGCUACAAGUCAAUGACAAGUGAGGAGAACUCAGAUGAAAUGAGAGAUGAAGACAGAUCCCCCACAAGGAUCGAACUGGAGAGAACAGAUUCCUUCUCAAGCUGCUACUCCUUCGACAGCGACGAUUGUGAAAAGAAAACUAUCAAGGUUAAAAGCAAAGAUGAUGUCUCAGACCCUUCUGACGAACCUGAAAUCAACGAAAACCUAAACAAGAUUAAACAUCCCUCUGUGACUGUGGCAUUCACUUUUAAGGCUAUUUGUAAAACUCUUGAACAGCUGUCAGAUUUCCAGUUACUACAAUUCAAGUCGAUACUGUGGAAGGAUUACCCACAGUCAUUUAACAUUCCCCCUCAAACCUUGGACAUGGUGGACCUGGUGGACCGGCUGCUCGAGUGUUACAGCCUUGAAGAGUCUUUGCAUCUGACCAGAACAAUCCUGACAAAGAUAGGGCAGAAGAGCGCGCUUGAACUUCUAGAGACUUUGUGCAUUAGAAAUGAAGUACGCUAUGAAUUAUGCCAGAGUCUGAGGAAGAUAUAUGGUGAAGUUUCUGAGGAUUUGGCCAUGGAGGGGGAGAAGAGGCCUUUCGACGAUGUCUUUGUUUGUCCCACCAUUACAUCAACAAGUAAUAAUGGCCCAAAUACUGAACAUGAGGUCCUGACCAUAGAAAAGCUGCACUCCAACAGCAAACCAGCUAAGAUGCUUACUACUAGGGAUAUUUUUCCUUCUAAAUCGGAUGAUGUCAGAUAUGGAAACUUAGUAUUCUUCACAGGAGUGGCAGGAUCAGGGAAGUCAAUGGCGGUCAGAAGGUUGAUACUUGAUUGGGUCGAAGAGCGAUCACACAAACACGUGGAUUUCUUGUUUCCCUUGCCGUUCAGAGACAUCAAACAGUUUGAGGGCAAAGAAGUCUCCAUAGUGGACAUGAUACAAACGUUCUACCCAGAAACAGCAAAAUUAAGACGUAAGGAUUUUAGCAAUGAGGACUGCAAAAUUUUGUUCAUCUUUGAUGGUCUAGACGAGUACAAUGGCGAGCUUGACUUUCAUAACAUAAGCUAUAUUAUUGAUGAGAUCUGCAGCGUAUCCCUGCAGAAAAUAGUGGUCAACCUAAUGAGAGGGCGGCUGCUCUACCGCUCACUAUUCCUCGUAACUUCUCGUCCACAAGUGAAGGGCUGCAUUCCUUGGGAUACAUCUCAUAAACGCAUAGAAAUGCGUGGUUUCUCUGACCCUGAAAAGGAUGAGUACUUUAAGAAGAGGUUAAAGGAUGCAGAUCAGGCGGCUCGAGUUAUUGCAUACAUCAGUUCAUACAAAACCCUCCGCAUCAUGUGCCACCUUCCCUUGUUCUGCUCACUAGUGGCUGAUGAGUGCGAGCGAAUAUUUAGGGAACAAGGGAUUCAGGCAGAGCUGCCCAAGAGCAUCACCUACAUGUACACAAAGCUGAUGCUAACACUCAUGCGUCAGCAUCGCAAGUUUAGAGCUCCAGAUCGAACCCCAGAAGAGGAAAGAAACUUUCUUAUGAAACUUGGAAAGCUGGCGUUCGACAUGCUGGAAAAAGACUCGUUCAAAAUCACCAAGUAUCAGUGGACAGAUCUUGACAUCAGUGACAGGGAAGCAGUGAUUAACAGCGGCCUGUGCACACAAUACCUCGUGGCACCUUUCGUCUUGCACCAAGAGGAAUAUGUGAGCUUUCUCCACCCCACCAUGCAGGAGUACCUGACGGCUCUUUAUGCAAUUCUCUCCUAUAGAAACCUGGGGAAGAACAUAUUUGAGCAGCCAACGAAAAAUAAGUUCAAGGCGAUGUUCAAGGGACACAAGGAAAUGGAGAUGUACAAGUGCGCUGUGGAAAAAAGCCUGCUGUGUGAGGAUGGCAAAUUUGACUUUGUCCUGCGCUUCCUGUUUGGAUUGUCAGCGCAAACCAAUCAGGACCUUCUUGAAUCCUUGUACACCUCGCCAUUGAAGUGUCCAAAUUUUAUCGAAGAAGCUACUGCUCUCAUCAUGAAGAAGAUCAGAGAAAAUCAGUAUCCUAACAGGACUAGCAACUUGCAGCAGUGCCUGGUGGAGCUGGACUUUUGAAGCUCAGACUCGGCAUCCUGGCACAUUGCCUCUCCAUCAGGACAGGACGUGAUCGCUGUUCAAUCAACAUAAACACUGUUGGGAAUUUGAGCAUUUAAGAGUCAAACAUAAUCACCUAUAGAGCUCCACAGUUACACUAAAGUACCAGAGAUGUGUAAUCUUUUCAGAUAUGUGGGGAUGGUGAGGUUUAGUGUGUGUAUUAUAAAUGUACAAUAGUUGUGUGGUACAAAGGGACGUAUUUUUAAUGUUGAGUUUUACACUGUUUUUAUACUAUGCAUCCAUGCGCAAAGAUUCUUCUUUUGACAUUAUUGUUGCCUGUGACUACUGUUGUGCUUGAACUGACCUUAAAAUGAAUUCAAAUGGCCUUCUUGGGUGCACUGUAACAAAAUAUCAGUGUCCUGAAUCAUAGCAUAAUUUAAAAUGUGUCAAAACAGAAUUAUUUUUUCACUUUUUUGAUUUGUUAUUCAUAAUUGCUUGCUGGCUGCUGCCCUUAUCACUUUGUUACACAGUGCAGUGAUCACAUUGAGGAGUCUUUACUCUGAAUCCUGUAGUUUACAUCAAGUGUUGAUCUCUCUCAUCAAAACAAAAGCUGAUGUGCUCCUAUUGUAUUUUGUAUCAAAACCAUAAAUUAUUCCUUAUAAAUCUGUUUCAGAAAACAAUAUCAAUCCCAAUAAACACGACAACAUAG